AUGCGAUUGGAAGUUAGUGGAAGUUGUAUGCAGUUCAGAAGAUUUUCUGAAGUUCAACAAGAUUCAGAAAAUUUUGAAAGGUUAGUUCAACUUAAUAAAACUUUGAUUCAAAAUUUAGUUUUGAAUUUUCGAUGUUCGAACAAAAAUGAAUUGUAUUUUUACAGAUAUCGAAAUCAACAACUUCAUAGAUCUUGAAUAAAUUUGAGAUAACAAAUUGGGCUUAAAAAAUUCAAAGCUCUCCUUUUCUCUGAAAAUGGAAAAUGUUUUUUUUUGUAUUUUUAAAAUCAAAACUUAAUUUCCAUUUUUCGGUUGCCUUUUUUUUCUAAAUCCAUUUGUUCUUUCAUUUAUUUUUUUCUGUUAAAAUUAUCCUUUUUUUAUUUAAAAAUUAAUUUUCCACUUCUCCUAGUUUUAUUUUUCCCCUUUUAAUGUUAUCAGGAACUUUGAAAACCCCAAUUUUUGUUUAUUCCCAUUAUUAUUUUAAGAUUUUUUUGCUUUCGAAAAUUCUUCUUUACUUGUCAUUUUUCUGAAUUUACCUUCAUUUUUUUUUGUAAAAAGUUGUCCCUUUUCAUUUUUCCCUUGAAAUCCUGCAUUCCCAUUUCCUAUCACCCCAAAUCCUUAAAUUCCAAACACCCCAAGCUGAUUUGAUUUAUGAUAACUUAUUUUGAACUUUUGUAACGAGGCUGUAUUUCAAAUUAGAAUAUAAAAGGUACAAAAAUCUUCUAGAAAAAUAAAUUUCAAAAAAUAUUGAUUUUUCCAGAUCCACAACGAGUUCAACAAUCAAAAUUCCAAAUAUUCAAGGAAAAAUCAACGUCAAAUCUGAAGGUAUUUUGAAUUCUCAUAGUAUACUGUAGAAAAAAAAUUGGCGGCAAAAAUGUUUUAAUUUUUCCAUCUGCUGUCUAUCUCCCGCGCGCUCGAAAAAAUGCCGUAUUUCUUAAGACUGCGAAAGAGUGGGGGAAGAAGAGAGAGUGCCAGACGCGAGUGUUUUUUGGCUCCCUGCCAUAUGCAUUUGUUCAUAGCUUCCUUUUUUGUAUUGGUGGAAGGUGUGUGUGUGUGUGUUUUUUUCUUUAGAAUUAAAAUUUAUUUAUUUUUUCCAGAGAUGUCGGUUGAAAAUAGUUUGAAUGAUUUGGAGAUGGAUGGAUCUGUGAGUUGGGGAUUUUUGAACCUUGGAAUUUUUUUAAAAGCUUGGGAAGAUCUAGGAAAUUUUUUUAAAUGAAAGGUAGAAUUUUGAAGGCCCAGGAAACUUUUUCAGAAUUUUUCAAAAGUUUGAAAAUAUCUAGAAUGCCUAAGAAUCUCUGAUUUUUUUUGAAUUUUUCAGAGGCAAAAAAAACCCCAGUAAAAAUUCUGAAAAUGAUUUUUCAGGAAUCUGAAAAGUCGAGAAGGUCCAGAGAACUUUUUAGCAAUUUUUAGAAACCCCAAAAAAAUCUAGAAAAAAUAAUUUUCUGAAUUUUUCAGAAGCCUUCAACAUUUUUCAGUUUCAAAUCACAUUUUUCCAGGUCUCCUCCGAAAACUCUCCGAUCGAUUCAGAACCCGAGAAACCUGUAGGUUACUUUAUUUUUUUCAAAAAAAAAACAUUAUUGAUUUUUGUAUUUCCAGAAUUACCUCAAUCUUCCUCCUGAAAUAAGAUUCAUGAUAAUCAAUAUGCUUGGAGCUAAAGGAAGAUCAAAAAUGUCGAGAAUGUCAAAAUUGUGUGCUGCAGAAUGUCAAGCAUCAAAGUUUUAUAUGAAAGAGCUGAAAUUUUAUGGUUAUUUGUGUGAUCCUAGAGUUUGGAUUUACCUUGAUGACGACAAUUAUUACUAUCUAAAGUUCGAAAAAUAUCAGUUGUCUUGGUGAGUGAGAAACAUUUUUGGGAGACGCGGAAAAACAUAUUUCAGUCGAGCCUAGAGAGCACAGUGAGACUGGAUAGGCUAGAGAUAUUUUUCAUACUGUAACUGCAUCUCAUCAAGGCUCAAUAUAAAUUCAAAAAAUUUCAGCAUCUCAAAAUACGGAAAAUUGUUGUGGAAGGAGAUCAUGAACGUGAAAUCAAUCAAAUUCAUUUCCGAAUAUGUCAACAAAAUAUUGUACAAAUAUCGAAAUAGUUUGAAAACAGUUACAUUCAAUUAUAAGGACAUCAAUUAUGCUUUUGAUAUUGAUCAAAUCACAUGCUACAAAACAUUAUUAUUUGAUUGGAAACCUGGUUGUGCUGCUCUACGAGUUCUUGAGAACAUCAAAAAACCAGUGGAUGAGAUUCGGCUUGCUCUUUAUAAAGGAUUUACAUAUGACAUUUUGAAACAACCACAGGUAUGGUUUAAUGUUAAAAAUUUUCAAAGGUUUUUCAAAUCCUGGAUUCUCCCAGAUUUGUUCAGCAAAUUUUCGAGCAAUUCUAAAAUUUUUCUAAAUUUAUUGAGAAGCUUUGACAAGAACAUAUUCUAGAAUUUAGAAAUUUGAAAAACAUUUAGAAAACUUUCCCUCACUUUCUAGAUGUUAUCAGAAGCUCCCCAAUUUUUUUCAGACAUUAAAAAAAAUCAGAACAUUUUCCAGAUUUUUUUUCAAAAAAUUUCAGGCUUCUGAAAAAUCCAGAAAACUUUCCCACGCUCUCUAGUUUUUUCCAGAAUUUUGAAGAAUCCAAAAACUUUCUAGAUUUUCUAAACAAAAAUAUUAGGCUUCUAAAAAAAUUCAGAACACUUUCUUCACUUUUUCUGAAUUUUGGAAAAUUCAGAAAAUGUUCUAAAACUUUCUUCAUAAAUUUUUAAACGAUCUGAAAAAUGUUAUCGAUUUCAUUUUCAAAAUCCAAUAUCUUUCAGAUUUAUCAAGUUUCGAAUACUCUUCGCCUUCAUAAUUUGCACCUCACAAAUCAACAAUUCCGCCAAUUAUCCGCCAAAAAUGCUUCAAUGUUAAUUGGUAAUUUGACAGAACAAAAUAUUGUGGAUUUUCUAAAAUCAUAUCAAAAUGGAACACUUGGAAAAACUAUCACACAUUAUUCGUUUCACGCAGAAGGAAGUUCAUUCAAACCCAGUGAAUUAUGGAAACUUCUUGGAUCUUCAGAGACAAAUUUGUGAGUUUUUGAAAAUCUUCGAAGCCCCUAAAGCCCCGAGAAUCCCAUAAAGCCUUCAGAAGUCUUAUGAAGCCUUCAGAAGUCCAAUGAAGCCUCCUGAAGCUUCUUGAAAAAGUCUGGAAGUCUCCUGAACCUCUUUUAAAGCCCCUCAAGCCUCAUGAAGCCCUAGAGCCCUCUAGCGCCUCUCAAAGCAUAAGGAGCUCUCCAAAAAUCCCCUGAAGCUCAUGGAGCUCCCCUGUGCUUUUUUUAGCCAAAUCAAUAUUUUUCAGCGAAAAGAAUCUGAUUAUUCGACACAAAAUUUUGAAAAAAAGGAUGAUGUUUGUCAAUUUUACAAAUAAUACUUUAAACAUAAGAAAUCUAUUUGCAUAUUCGGAAUUUUAA